AUGAGGAAAGACGGAGCAGCGCCGCCGCCCGCCGCCCUCAACCCCGUCGGAAAGCUCUUCCUCUGCUUCGAGACCAAGUCAUUCCUCGCCCUCCUUCUCUCCCUCACCCUCGUCGCCGUCGUCUGGAACCUCCAGCCUUACUACCAGAACAUUUUCCUCUCCACCACUGCCGCAGCCGCCCCCUGCACCUCCGCCGAAUCGCUUCCCCUCAGAUCCGCCGCCGCGGAGAAUAAGCUCGUCUCCUCCGGCGACCCCAACCGACGCACCUUCCAGGCCCACGGCAGCGCCGCGGCGCUCUUCGUCCAGAUGGGCGCCUACCGCGGCGGGCCGCGGACGUUCGCGGUGGUGGGCCUGGCCUCGAAGCCCACCCACGUUUUCGGCCGCCCCUGGUACAAGUGCGAGUGGGUCCCCGCCGGCGGCGGCCCCGCCGUCCGGACGAAGGCCUACAAGAUGCUUCCCGACUGGGGCUACGGCCGCGUGUACACCGUCGUCGUCGUGAACUGCACCUUCCCGGAGAACCCCAACGGCGACAACGCCGGCGGCCGGCUGAUGAUCAACGCCUACUACGGGGAGUCCCCCCGCCGGUUCGAGCGGUUCGCCGCCCUAGAAGAGACGCCGGGGUCGUACAACGAGUCUGCGUUCCGGCCGCCGCGCCGGUACGAGUACCUCUACUGCGGGUCGUCACUUUACGGGGACCUGAACCCAGCCCGUAUCCGUGAGUGGGUGGCGUACCACGCGUGGUUCUUCGGGCCGAGCUCCCACUUUGUGUUCCACGACGCGGGCGGCGUGUCGGCUGAGGUGCGGGCGGUGCUGGAGCCGUGGGUGAGGGCGGGUCGGGUGACAUUGCAGGACAUUCGGGCUCAAGCGGAGUACGACGGGUACUAUUACAACCAGUUUUUGGUGGUGAACGACUGCCUCCACAGAUACCGCCACGCGGCAAACUGGACAUUCUAUUUCGACGUGGACGAGUAUCUGUACCUUCCAGACGGGAACACGCUCCAGUCGGUGCUCUCCGAAUUCUCCAACUACACGCAGUUCACCAUUGAGCAGAAUGCCAUGUCCAGCCUCCUCUGUCUCAAUCACUCUUCUCAUGAUUAUUCCAGGCAAUGGGGAUUCGAGAAGCUACUGUUCAGGGACUCGCGGACACGAAUAAGACGGGACCGCAAGUACGCGAUACAGGCGAGCAAUGCUUACGCGACAGGCGUCCACAUGUCGGAGAACGUGGCGGGUGGGACCCUCCACAAGACGGAGACUAAGAUCCGGUACUAUCACUAUCACAACUCCAUAACCGUCUCCGGGGAGCUCUGCCGCCACUUGCUGCCGCCUUCCGCCGCCAACGCCACCACGUGGGUCGACAAGGUUCCUUACAUUUACGAUGACACCAUGAAGAGGCUUGCGCCCGUCAUCAAGAAGUUCGAACAGGACACAAUUGGAGUUGGUUCACAAUGA